AUGGAUACAGGAAUCAUCUCCAUAAUCAUGAACAUCCUCCCCUGGCAAUUCAACGGCCUCGGAAUAAUCUCGACAAUUAUGUUUGUCUUUAACCUCGUCCUGUUCACUGCCUUCAGCCUCCUCGCCAUCGUCCGCCUCUUCACCUUCCCGCGCCAUGUAAAAGCCGAAUCCCUGAACUCAGUCGAGGAAAUGUCCUACCAGGGCGCACCCGCAAUCGCGUACCUCACGCUCGUCGCCCAAGUCGCGCUCACAUGCAGCACAGCAUGGGGUUUCCGGCUCACCGUCCUCGCAUACGUGCUGUGGUGGAUCGGGUUGGUGUGGUGCGUAACACUGUGCAGCGCGAGUGUCAUUGUCCUUGCAAAACGCAGCAUUACAGACGAUCGAAGUUUCUCGCCGGCCAUCUUCCUGCCUUUGAUCGCCGUCAUGACGCUCGGCACAACUGGCGGUAUCGUGACCCGCUACUCGGUUGGCAUGUCUGCGCGUCUCGCUAUUCCCAUUAUCGUGACCUCAUUUAUGGUGAUUGGGUACGCGUUCUUUCUCUCGCUGCUGUACUACGCCAUCUACGCACAUCGAUUACUUGCUGUUGGCCCGCCGAUGAAAGCUAAGCUGCCGAGUCUGUGCGUCACGAUUGGACCGCUGGGACAGUUUGCCACGGCGAUUCAAUUACUCAGCACUGCGGCGAAUACCAGGGGACUAUUUGGAAGCUAUAAUCGAGGGACUUGGCUCACGGCAAGCUCUGCGUCGAGUGUAUCUGCUGCGAGUGAGCUGAUUGCGUUGAUGGUUGUCGGAUUCGGGUUCUUGUGGAUCACAGUUGCGUGGUACAUGAUCCUCGAGGCUGUGGUGCAGAGGAGAAUGCCAUAUAGCUUGACCUGGUGGAGUAUGAUUUUCCCAAUGGGUGUCUACACCACAGCAUUGAUCAACCUGUCCAUCGCAAUGAACUCCGACGCAUUCCGUGGGCUCUCAGCAGCGCUAUUGAUUUUCUUGGUCAUUCUGUACUUUAUGAACUGGGGCUUCACAAUCGGGCGGCUUGUUACUGGGGUUGCAUUGGGCAUUCCGCAGCAACGAGAAGAGGAAGAUGAGCAUGCGAAGCAGAAGGCUAGGGAAGAGCAUGAACGACUAUACGGACUCAUCCAGAGCCAAAGGAACCAACGCGAGCAGGAGGAGGAUCUGCAAGGCGGAAAUGCCUAG